CCGCAAUUCUUCCUUUUCCGCCCUGUCUUUUCACUCACUCGAUUCCCCUGCCUCCCGUGCAGCUUCGCCGCGAUCAUGGUGUGCCUCAAACCAUUGGUUGCUGCGGCGGCUACGCUUCUGCUCUCAGCGCCCGUGGUAGCUGAGAGCAUGUACUCCAAGAGCUCGCCUGUUGUUCAGGUCGACGCAAAGAACUAUGACAGGCUCAUUGCCAAGUCCAACCAUACUUCUAUUGUCGAAUUCUACGCUCCCUGGUGUGGCCACUGUCGCAAUCUUAAGCCCGCCUACGAAAAAGCCGCGAAGAACCUUGCCGGCCUAGCCAAGGUUGCUGCCGUAAACUGCGACGAGGAUGUCAACAAGAAUUUCUGCGCCACCAUGGGCGUGAAGGGCUUUCCCACCCUGAAGGUCGUCCGCCCAGGCAAGAAGCCUGGCCGUCCAGUUGUUGAGGACUACCAAGGCGCCCGGAGCGCCAAGGCCAUCGUAGACUACGUUGCCGACAAGAUUCCAAACCAUGUGAAGAGAGUGGGUGACAAGGAUAUCGAGGGCUGGCUGGAGGAGAACACGGAAGCCCCGAAGGCGAUGCUAUUCACGGAGAAGGGCACUACGAGCGCACUACUACGGUCAUUGGCUAUUGACUUUCUGGGCAGCAUUGAGGUCGCGCAAGUACGCAACAAGGAAAAGGCGACUCUGGAGAAGUUUGGCGUCACAAAGUUCCCGACGUUGAUCUUGCUCCCGGGUGGCGACAAAGAAGCAAUUGUAUAUGAUGGCGAGCUGAAGAAAGAGCCAAUGGUUGCCUUCUUUUCGCAAGUCGCGUCGCCAAACCCGGACCCUGCUCCUUCCAAGGGCAAAGCCGACAAGACAAACGGAAAGGACUCCAAGGCCAACGACUCAAAGAAGUCCGCCUUCUCUGCCGCAUCCAAGUCUCAUGAGUCUGCGGACUCUUCCGCCGCUAAAGCUACGGCUUCGACGGAGACGUUGGAAAACAACAACCCUACCGAGUCUCCUGACCCUAACGUGGUUACUGAUGACACUCCCUUGCCUGUUGAAAUCAAGGACCUCCCUCCUACUGUUCCUGUACUUGUUACCUCUUCAGAGUUGGAAACCGCCUGUCUCACUUCCAAGGCCAGGCAGUGUGUGCUGGCAUUCCUCCCUCCGCAGGUGAACGCGGAAGAGCCGCUUCCUGAAGAUGCUCAGACAGCUCUCACCAGCUUGGGCGAGGUGCUGAAGAAGCACAAGAAGGGCGGACAUCAACUAUUCCCGAUCUACAGGGUGCCAGCGGACAAUGAUUCAGCUGAGAAACUGAGGAAAGACCUUGGCCUCAAGAAGGAUGGCGUUGGGAUGUUGCUUCUCAAUGCGAAGAAGGGAUGGUACAAAAAGUACGACGGUGCGGAAUACAGCAGAAACGCUGUGGAGAGCUGGAUCGACUCCUUGAAAAUGGGCGAGGGCAAGAAGGAGAAGUUGCCAAAGGGCCUUGUCGUUGAGGCUAAGGAGCCUGCUGAGGACAAGGAAGCCAAGCAGCAGCCUGUGAAGAUUGAUGUCGAGGACAUUAUGGAGGAACAGGAGAAGCAAUCUCCGGAGCACGGAGAGUUGUGAGAAGAUUGAUAUCACGAGAAUGAUUUCGGAGUUUAAAGUUUUCCGUAGCGGCAUAGUUUGCUAGCAACAUCAUACUGUUGACAGUCAUUACACACUUCCAUCACC